GUAAAAAUACAUUGUAUAUGAGAUCUAUUCAUACCUAGUCUGUGAAAACACCUAAAAAUUUGAUUAAUAAUUUGCAUUAUUUUCUUACUCGUAUAGAUAUACAAAAUGACAUAGGUAUACUAAAUCGUAUCGUCGAAUGUAAUAUGAAUUUGUUGUAUUGAAUUUUAGCUUUAUAUUUUUGUAUUUAUUAACGUAAAUUUGUAAAAAAAAUAUAUCAGUUGCUUAUUAAUGGACGAUAAAGUAAAAGAAUGUGAUAUCGAUGCGUAUGGUAUGGUUUCUACUCGAGGACCAAAAUUUAAAUUCUGUGAUGGUGAAAAAGUUCUUUGUUACGAGCCUGAUCCUACAAAAGCGAAAGUAUUAUACGAUUCUAAGGGAUGGAAUUCUUCUUGGGAUCGUUGUGUAACGGAGGAAUAUGUAUUAAAGGAUACAGAAGAAAAUCGUCAACUUCAAAGAGACCUAGCACAGAAAGCACAGUUACAAUUAGGAGCAUAUUUGUAUCGAAGAGAACGUAAAAAGAGAAGUCAUAAAUUACCUGAACGUUUAAACGAGGCUGAAAAUCAAGAACCGAGAAGAAGAGCAAGAAGUGGUGGAAGCAGAGCAACAUCUGCUACAACUGGAUCAUCAGAAGAUGGUAGUUCAGGACAACAUGCUGAUUAUGAUACUGAAGAAGUUAUCACUGAAGAAGAUACAGAAAGUAGUUCAGAUUAUGUUGGUGAAACAAGCGAUGAUGAAGAUAGUGGUGGAGGAAGUCAAUCUGGUGCCAGUAUAAAGCCAGGAAUUGAUCUUGAUAUAGGUACUACUUUAAGAAGAAUUCUGGACCAAGAUCAUGAUUUGAUAACUAAUAAAAAUAAGCUAGCUGUUCUCCCUGCACAACCUACUGUUGCAAAUAUUUUAGAAUCGUGGGUUCAGCACUUUACAACAACGCAAUUAACAAACAUUCCAGAAAAACCACAAAGGAACAAAGCGAAUAAUACGAUAGAAAAGACAAUUAACGAAAUAAAUAUAUGCAGAGAAGUUGCCGAUGGAUUGCGUAUAUAUUUCGAUUUUACAUUACACGAUCUCCUUUUGUAUAGGCAAGAACAAGAACAAUAUUGUAAUUUAAAGUCUUCUUUCUUGUACACUGAACAUCCAACUCUUGUAAAAGAAGAACCAAUUGAGAACUCAGAAAUUUUAGUUAAAGAAGAAUACGAAGAUACCGAAUAUGCUCAUUUACCACCGUUUCAAGAACAUGACCAAGAAAUAGAUAUGUCGAAAACAGUGGCAAACUCUAAGCGAAGAUUAAGAUCAAACAGAGUGAGUUCUAUCGAUGAAAAUAGACAAUUGAGAUCGUAUGAAGAAAUUAAACAAGAUACAGGAAAUUUAUCGAGUAUUGCAAGUACAAGUUCUCGUUGUUCUAGCCCACGCGGUGUAACGCUACGAGUCCCAGUUGUUACAUCUGCGCAAGUCAAUGCUUUACUACAACAAUCGAACAAAUGGAGAUUAGUACCUGACUCUGUAAAGCCUGAGAGUCCUCCAAAUCCUUGCACAUACUAUGGUGCCAUUCACUUAACGCGACUGUUUGGUAUGCAAAAUAUUUUUAUUUAUAACAUUUAGUAGAAAUGUUUUUAACAAAUAUUUCUUAAUAAAAAAAUCAAAAAUAAUAUCAUUUUUUAUAGUUAAAUUACCGGACUUGUUGCAAUUAACAGAUAUACCACAUAAAAAAUUGAAGGUUCUUCUAAAAUACUUAGAUAUGUUCCUCAGGUAUAAUAUUUAUUUAUUUAUUUAUUAAAUAUCCUUUAAAUAUCCUUUUCUUCACGUGACUAAUGAAAUUAUAUCUUUAACGUUGUAGUUAUUUAGAAAUGCAUAGAGAAUGGUUUGGAGAACAAUUUUAUAUGCAAAUGGAAAGCCAAUUAAUAUCUCAAGCAAGUAAUUCUUAACAUAAUAAAAAUGAACAGCAUACUUUCUCUAUUCAUUUAUAGAUGCGAAUGUGUAUGCGUAUUACGCGAAAUGUGCAGCAAGGAUGUAUGUUUGUGAAUUCGGUAUAAGUGAUAAACUCUUUUAUAUUAAUUACCAAAAUGCUUUUUUACAUGCCUUUCAUAAUGAAAUUUUGCUUAUAAUUCAUUUAUAUUAUAUUAACACGUUGACUGCAACCGAGUGGUCACUGGUAAUCGUCGUUUUUAUUUCUAUAAAUAUUUUAGAAUAAUUAAAAUGAGAUGAAUAUCAUUAACAGUGAAUUUUAAAUAACAUAAAUAACUAAAUAUUAUAAAAAUACGCUUUCGUUGUAUUUUAUUGUAAUACAAUAUCUUAUAGAAAUUAA